AUGUUGGUUACCCGAGGCGAGACAGGGCUCUUGAACGAGAGACCCAAUGAGUACCUCGAUGGCAUGUGUAGUGGCCUCGAGGAUCAUCCAAAGAGCGCCAGCCUGUCAUUCCCCCCAAUCGAACCCGAGUCAGAGUUUCACGGCCAUGCGUUUGUGAAUAUCCCAGUGGUCCAGCCCAUCAGGGGCCCUUGCAGGACACACCCUCUUCUCAUAUUCCUUCACGAUGGCAAUUUUUUUCUCAUCACGGCCCUCCUGCGUCAGACGAACCCUACCUGGCUGCAGCUAUACGAGUUCGAGGCCGGCACACACACGCGCGCGCACUAUCAGCGGAUCGGAGUUGUUUCCCUUAUCUUACGAAAAAUCCAGGACUUCAAAUGCUUGCGUGAUGCCGUCAUGGACCCUAUGGAAGCCGCUUGGUGA